AUGUUCAAUGUUCGCCGCCGCCAAAUCAAAGAAGGAGAAGGAGUAGACUCAUCGGACUCAAUCAGCUCUCUACCAGAUGAGAUCCUCCAACAUAUUUUCUGCCUGAUCCCGACCAAAUUAGCAGUCUCGGCUUCGGUCUUGUCCACACGAUGGAGACAUGUAUGGUGCAAUACACCUUCCAUCUACUUGGAGAGCUCUGCAUUGCGGGCUGCUUCGAGAAUGGGAACCCAAAAUCGCUACACUGCUCCGAAGAUGUUGAGUUUACACCUCAUAACCGGCACCACGAAGAAGAAUGUUAAACACGUCAACACGUGGAUCGAAUUGGCCAUGUCCCACCAUGUGGAGAAUAUGUUUUUGAUACUUCAGUUUAAACGUCGUUACUCUUAA